CCCCCCACUCCACCCCCUGCUUCGCAUUUGGAAUCGUUUCCCGUUUUCUUCGUGUCAAAAAUCCUCAGCAAAAUGGUCCAGAAGAAAACAGAAGUCAAAGGUUUCCACCGGUCCUUCAAGGGGCAAAACCCAUUCGACCUGGAAUUCACCCAGACAAGCCACCUGGAAUCUGUCUUCAACUUCGAGUGCCCAGCCCGCCCCGACAUGCCUUCAAGUCAACCCAUCGAUAUCCCCGACGCCAAGAAGAGGAACAAGAAGAAGAAACGGUGCAGAGCUACAGACAGCUUCUCAGGGCGGUUUGAAGAUGUUUACCAGCUGCAGGAUGAAGUGCUCGGGGAAGGAGCCCACGCUAGAGUCCAGUCCUGCGUUAAUCUCAUCACCAACAAGGAGUAUGCAGUGAAGGUAAGGGCUUGGAGAGGCCUUGGGGUUCAGGGAGUGAGUUUGAACUAGGACUUAGGGCUAGAGCCUCAAUCCCCAUCAGUGACAUUUCUCCUAUAGCUUCCCCUGUUAUCUUUGUGCUUCAAGUUUCCACUCUCCCCUACCUGCCUUGUCUAUUUAGAGCGCGCCUAAGUGCAGAGGGGUGUCUGGUCCAUACAGCACCUGGCACAGUGGAGCCCUGAGCAGUCUAUAGCUGUAAUACAAGUAAUGGCAUAGGAAUGGCAGCAAUACCCCUAGAGUAGGAGGUAAUUACGUCUCUGUAGGGCUGGUAGUCUCCAAACUCAGGGCUGCUGGUAAGGGCCAGUCCUGGGCACCAAACUCCUGUAUAAUUUAGCUGUUGUGCCCUUGCUUCUUAAUGGGACACCAGUGAUGGAGAAGUCUGAGCCAGGCAAGUGCGACUGUCAGUGCUGGGACUGGCCCUGGUAAAACGGGCUGUAGUGCCAUGGGUCAAGGGGAGAGCUGGCUGUGCUUGAGUGGCGAGUGCCCUGUAGGAACGGCUUUACUGAGAGUAUCAUUUGCACUAAGGGGAGAUCCCGAUGAUACUUGGAAAGGACCCCUAGGAUGAGCGACUGGUCUGUGUACAUGGCUCAGGGUUGUACCUCCUAUGAAACCACAAAGCCAGGCUGUGCAUGGAAGGGGCACACGGCCUGAUCUUGGCAUGAUCCCGAAGAAAGCCUCGUGGUGGGGAGAGCUGGAUUCAGAACCACUGCAGCUUAGUAAGAGAGAUGGUGAAACUCAAAUGUUAUGGGCGGGACAGGGGUCAGUGCAGCUGUCUUCCAUGAGAUACCCCAGCUUGCAGGGGAGGGACAGAAACCUCCCAGCUGCAGUGCAUGAGUUAGGAGCCAUGAGACUGUCUAGCCUUGGCUCUGCUACAGACUCACUGUGUGGUCUUGGCCAAGUCACUUCAUUUGUCAUCUCAGCAAAGUGUGGGGCUGAGACCUACCUAGUUAAGGGAGUUAGGCAGGCUAAUGUGGUGUCUGCAAAGCAUGUUGGGAUUUUCAGAGAGGCUGGACAUGGAAGCAGAGGUGAUAGCAGGCUAGUGCGUCUCAUGCUUGCUUUGGGCGUCUUGACACAAGGGUGCAGCAUCUGGGCAAGGAGGUGGGAACCAGAACAAGUCUAGGCAAGCUGGAAACUGCUGAUGCUGCAGUGUCUGGGCUUGGGAGACACCGUGCAACAUGGAGUUUGAGCUUUAAAAAUCAUCCUGCUAGACUAGAGAGUAAGGAUAUUGGGGCUCAUGCUGACCCAGCACUUAUGGGCUCCCAGCUUGGCGGUCACAAGAGCUUUUGCUUCCAGUGCUUUGCAGUACUUCCACGGAGUAGUGCAGAGGAGCAAGUGAAACGCUUCACUGGGGCACUGAGCAGAGCUGGCACUGCCCCAGACAAAAGCAACUCCUGUUCUGUGUAACUGGAGCAGCAGCAAGUCAAGAGGAGCUGGCUGGUGCGCCUGGUACCCGGCUCCUAUUGGCCUCCCAGUGUGGGGCUGCAAUGCGCUGGCAUCCGGGUGGAAAGGACGGGA